UCUGCGAUUCGAAAUUCAUCGAAAGUACGUGACAUUUGAUCGUGCUGAACUAAGCGAGUUCAGCGAGGGCAAAACCGUGCAGGAAGGUUAAUUCACUUUGAAUUAAGCCGGGUCUCCCUUCGCUCCCGGUGGAUCCUCGACCGAGAGAAAGAAAGAGAGUGUGACGCAACGAUUGUCCCCGAGUGAGUGACACCUAACCUCAACUCUCGUAAAUUGACUAGUUAGUUAAUGAACGAGGAAAUGCUGCAAGCGGAGAAAUCUCGAAUAGCUUUCGUAAUCGCGAUUGGAAGAAGGUAAAAUGUCAGUGAUAACGUUUCGUGCCGCUUCGGAUGCCGGUAGCGUGCCACGAAGAGGGACGAAGAAAUGUUAUUGAGAAUGAGACGGGCGUCGCGAGUGUCGUUCGCGCGAAAAUACGAUAGAGAAAGAAUAUAAACGUGUCGAAGCAAGAAAGAGAGGGGGCAAGUAACCGUAUAAUAAUUAUCGAGCGAGCGAGUGAAAGGGACUUGUUCGGCCGGUUAAAAUGGUGGGGGAAGAAUUGUGAUGAGCCGGGGUGCCUUCGUGUCGCUCGUAAACUCGUAGUCCUCAUAGUACGUUUAGUACGAAAAGAAGCUUCGUGCCGUGACGUCAACGUGUAUUUCGGUCCGGCCGCGUGAAGAAUCGUUUUCGAAACCGUGAUCGCGACCGAUAUUUGUUCGUUCUCUCUCGCGAGUGAACGCGUACGAACCGUGCGCGUGUGCUUUGCCGGCAUCGAACUCCGUAAUUACCGUGGAUAUUCGCGAUAAAGUUCGUUGGUGAUCGUAAGUGUAGCGUGCGUGCAGCAGGUAGUCGGAACGUCGACCGGCGGCCAUUGUUGUUGUCAAGAUGGCGUCCAAAGGGAAGCUAGCGACCGAGCAUGGCCGAUCAGAUUCGUACAGGGUCGCCACGUUACCGAAAAUUCGCGACGACAACAUAACAGCCGAUGGAAUGUACAAGUCGCGGCGGAAGAACCCAAAGCGGAGGACGGACAAUUUAGAUGACUUGAAACAGGAGUUGGAUAUUGACUUCCACAAAAUCACCCCUGAAGAACUGUAUCAGAGAUUUCAGACGCACCCCGAAAACGGCCUCAGCCAUGCAAAGGCAAAGGAGAAUCUGGAGAGGGACGGGCCAAACUCGUUAACGCCACCGAAACAGACGCCAGAAUGGGUGAAAUUCUGCAAGAAUCUGUUCGGUGGUUUCGCGUUGCUGUUGUGGAUCGGUGCGAUCCUCUGCUUCAUCGCGUACUCGAUCCAAGCGACGACCAGCGAGGAUCCGAACGACGACAAUUUGUACCUGGGUAUCGUGUUGGCGGCGGUGGUCAUAGUAACGGGCAUAUUCUCGUACUACCAGGAGAGCAAGUCCAGCAAAAUCAUGGAAUCGUUCAAGAACAUGGUACCGCAGUUCGCGACCGUGAUCAGAGAGGGCGAGAAACUGACACUGAGGGCGGAGGAAUUGGUGCUUGGCGACGUUGUCGAGGUGAAAUUCGGCGAUCGUAUACCGGCCGACAUCAGAAUCAUCGAAUCGCGUGGAUUCAAGGUGGACAACUCGUCGCUGACGGGUGAAUCCGAGCCGCAAUCGAGGUCUCCAGAGUUCACGAACGAGAAUCCGUUAGAAACGAAAAAUCUUGCGUUCUUCUCCACGAAUGCCGUUGAAGGCACCGCGAAAGGGGUGGUGAUCUGCUGUGGCGAUCAGACGGUAAUGGGAAGGAUUGCCGGUUUGGCGUCCGGCCUUGACACCGGUGAGACUCCGAUCGCUAAGGAGAUCCACCACUUUAUCCAUUUGAUUACCGGCGUAGCUGUGUUCCUCGGUGUAACUUUCUUCAUAAUCGCGUUCAUUCUCGGUUACCAUUGGUUAGACGCGGUUAUCUUCUUGAUCGGUAUUAUCGUCGCUAACGUGCCGGAAGGUUUGCUCGCUACCGUGACCGUGUGUUUGACGUUGACCGCCAAGCGUAUGGCGUCCAAGAAUUGUCUGGUAAAGAAUCUGGAGGCCGUCGAAACGUUAGGCUCGACGUCGACCAUCUGCUCGGACAAGACAGGCACGCUCACACAGAACAGGAUGACCGUCGCUCACAUGUGGUUCGACAAUCAGAUCAUCGAGGCCGACACCACGGAGGAUCAGUCCGGUUUACAAUACGAUCGUACGAGUCCUGGUUUCAAAGCGUUAGCCAAGAUCGCGACCCUCUGCAACCGAGCCGAGUUCAAACCUGGCCAAGACGAAAUACCCAUCCUGAAGAGAGAGGUGAACGGUGACGCGUCCGAGGCUGCUCUGUUGAAGUGUAUGGAACUGGCUUUGGGCGACGUGAUGGGCAUCAGGAAACGUAACAAGAAGGUCUGCGAGAUUCCGUUCAACUCUACCAACAAGUAUCAGGUUUCCAUCCACGAGUCGGACAAUCCGGACGAUCCUAGACAUCUGCUGGUAAUGAAGGGCGCCCCGGAAAGAAUCCUCGACCGAUGCUCCACCAUUUUCAUUGGCGGUAAAGAAAAGGUCCUGGACGAGGAGAUGAAGGAAGCUUUCAACAACGCUUAUCUCGAGCUCGGCGGUCUUGGCGAACGUGUACUCGGCUUCUGUGACUACACACUGCCGUCCGACAAAUUCCCGAUCGGCUUCAAGUUCAACUGCGACGAUCCCAACUUCCCGGUCGAUGGACUCCGCUUCGUGGGCCUCAUGUCCAUGAUUGACCCGCCCAGGGCUGCGGUGCCCGACGCGGUCGCCAAAUGCCGUUCAGCCGGUAUCAAGGUCAUCAUGGUUACCGGCGAUCACCCGAUCACUGCCAAAGCCAUUGCCAAAUCCGUCGGCAUCAUCUCUGAAGGUAAUGAAACCGUUGAGGACAUUGCCCAACGGUUGAACAUCCCAGUGUCCGAAGUGAAUCCUCGCGAGGCCAAGGCCGCUGUUAUUCACGGAACUGAACUCAGGGAACUGAAUUCCGACCAACUGGACGAGAUUCUCAGGUACCACACCGAAAUUGUGUUCGCCCGUACCUCGCCACAGCAGAAGCUCAUCAUCGUCGAAGGUUGCCAGCGAAUGGGUGCCAUCGUCGCCGUAACUGGUGAUGGUGUGAACGAUUCGCCCGCGUUGAAGAAGGCCGACAUCGGUGUAGCUAUGGGUAUCGCUGGCUCGGACGUAUCCAAACAGGCAGCCGACAUGAUUCUGCUCGACGACAACUUUGCCUCGAUCGUGACAGGCGUCGAAGAGGGACGUCUGAUCUUCGACAACCUGAAGAAGUCCAUCGCGUAUACCCUGACCUCGAACAUCCCCGAGAUCUCACCCUUCCUGGCGUUUAUCCUUUGCGAUAUACCUCUGCCUCUCGGUACCGUCACUAUUCUCUGCAUCGACUUGGGAACUGACAUGGUGCCGGCCAUCUCGCUAGCUUACGAGGCACCGGAGUCGGACAUUAUGAAACGGCAGCCCCGCGAUCCUUACAGAGACAAUCUUGUCAACCGAAGGCUUAUUUCGAUGGCAUACGGUCAGAUCGGUAUGAUCCAGGCAGCAGCCGGUUUCUUCGUGUACUUCGUAAUCAUGGCUGAAAACGGAUUCCUGCCUCUGCAUCUUUUCGGUAUCCGAAAACAAUGGGAUUCCAAGGCUAUCAACGAUCUUCGUGACAGCUACGGCCAAGAAUGGACAUACAAUGACCGCAAGACACUGGAGUUCACCUGCCACACAGCCUUCUUCGUAUCGAUUGUGAUCGUCCAAUGGGCCGAUUUGAUCGUUUGCAAGACGCGACGUAACUCCAUCAUUCACCAGGGAAUGAGAAACUGGGCCCUCAACUUUGGUCUGGUGUUCGAGACCGCCCUCGCCGCGUUCCUAAGCUACACACCUGGCAUGGACAAGGGUCUCCGCAUGUUCCCUCUCAAAUUCGUCUGGUGGCUACCCGCCCUUCCUUUCAUGCUCGCCAUCUUCAUCUACGACGAGACGAGACGAUUCUACCUCCGCCGGAAUCCAGGAGGCUGGCUCGAGCAAGAAACUUACUAUUAGACGCAAAGAAGAAUUUAAUCAUACACGCAGAGCGCGCGCGCAAGAGUACAGAGCGAGAGUAGCAGUGAGAAUGAUGCGAGAGAACUAGAGUGAAAGUGCGGGAGAGAGAGAGAAAAUGAGAUACGCAUAUACCCACGCAAGAGAUAUACACCGAGAUACUAAUCAGUAAAACCAAACAGAAUAAAAAAAAAACGAACAAAUUACAGAGAAUAAAAAAACCAUAAUAAUCACUCGCGUUAAUGAGACACGUACAUACGUAUACACGUACAAAUACCCAUACACGUAUACACACACGCGUACACACACGAGGACACACAUAGACACAUGUUGUAUUUACCAUGGGGCGUGCUAUCCGGGUCUAAAAACCGUACUGUCGCGAGAUCACGAGAUUAAACGAGGGACAAUUCGCAUCCGUAUAAGAGAAAUAAUCGAGCCGAAUCGUCGAACGACCAGGUAUAUUAUUGUUAUUGCAAGUUGUUUCUUCGAGAAUAAACGAUUAGAACGUUGGGAUAGGAGAGUUACAGUGUGUGCGAAGUACAAAAGGGGAAGAGGAAAGAGGUUUAGGAACGAGAGGGUUCGUCGUUCUGGCUCUGCGAGUUGCUUGCACGCGCGUGCCGGUGUAUCAUUAAAAGAUCGUCGUUCGAGAAACAUCGAAAAGGAUCGACGAGAUAUGGGUUCUACGAGCAACGUCGUCGGGAAGAUGAAGCUUCCAGGUACACACACACACCUGAUACGAUUCGAGGGUCACGAAAUUUUAGGGGUCGGUGCUGCCGUCUGAUCAUCGACAGAACAUACACACACACACUGCGAGCUGCUGGAUUUGGUUCGAAACGGAGCAGAACGCGCGUAAGGGCCUAAAAACGAACAUAACGAAGCACACGUGACGUGGAACGGAAAUCAUCGAGACUCCGUUACGAUGUUGGACGACGACGAAUCAACGACGCCAACGUACGAACGUCGACGAUCGCAGAAACGAAGAAAGAAUAGUCGAGGAUAAUUUAGCAUCGAUGGAGUAUUCCAUGUAGACGUCUUGUGAUAUCGAGAAAUAUUCACCAGUAGUAGGCAUCCAGUUCGCUAAACGAAAGAUCACUGCGCUAGGUUUGGCCACCAUGCCCUUGCUAUGAAUUAAAAAAGACAAAAAAAAAAAAUAUGCCAGACAGAGGAAGAAGCAAAAAUAGUAGUGGCAGCCGAAGAGAGAUAUAAAUGUUACGCUAAAUGCAAAAAGUUUAAGAAACGAGCAGGAGUACGCUACAGAAUAGGACGUCUCGUGACACACCAUUUAGUCUUGAAUAGAAACCUAAUUAAUUCCCGAUUAAAACCGAGGAGAGAUCAGUACGCUAGAUUGGCACGCCCUAGAAUCAUUUACGACGCGGUGGAGAUAAGCGAAUUAAACGAGAUAAAUCCAAAAAAAAAAAGCAAAAAAGAUUAUAAAGAAAUAUUAUAAUAAUAAGAGUAACGAAAGCGCGUUCGCAGUACUCAUUUAUUAUCCUUAUCGCGAAGCAACGUCGUUCGGUUCGAGUCUUUAAAUUCGAGUAGCUGUCGAAGAAAUCGCAUCGCGUAGAUGUUUCAGUAGCUCAGUCUCUGCACGAUAAUCGCGAGAACGGACCUGGAUCAGGGAAAGGGGACAUCGUCGAGUUCCACUACGCCACGGUUCCACGAGGAAGAGGGUCAGGAAGAGGUUAAGACGCGCGAAGGCGGCAAACGAACAGUAUUAUAAACAAUUAUCAACCCAGCCGAGGAAGACAAAACCGAAGAAAGGAAGAACGGAGAAGAAUUGAAUCGCGGUAUUCGCCGAUUAAACCGAACAGGACAAACGAAUUAGAAAACGAUAAAUGUCGAUCCGAAAGCACCGGUUCUCGGUGUCUACGGUGCCACGAUAGUCGAGGUAACAGGUUAGACAAACGCUAAGUAGAGGAGAGUAAAACACGAGUUUAGGUGAGCAGCAGAGGAACUGACACAGAGGAAAUAAAUACGCAGGAUACAGGCAAAAAGAAACAAAAAAAAAAAAGUAACAAUUCUUACUUAGGCGAAAAACUAAAAAGUAAAGGAACACAAAAAAAAGAUGGUAUAAAUUCAUUCUCUUAGUUUUUCAUAGGUUUAAAAACGCCAGCGGGACAAGCUCGCUAUAAAUCAUAUUGACCCCCGAACGCAGAACGCCCUGUACCACCAACCCGCGGUCGUCUGUUGUGUGUAUGUGUGUGUCAGUAAAUCGAACGCCCCUUCGAAUCAUUUCUAGGAGCAACAAAAGCGAUACAAGAACAAAAAAA